GCGUUGAAAAAAAAAUUGGCGGUGUAUCUUCCCAUGUUCUACCGGAACAUUCUUUUCUUGUUUUGGCCUAUCUUGCUUUUGCGGAGGAUGAAUGGCACUACGGGCGGCGGGUGGAGGAUUGCGAUAGAGGGGGAAGGACAACCAGCAGGAGGAGGAGGAGGGAAGGAACGAGGGGGACAAGGAGGAAGGAGGUUAAAGAGAGGGAGCGUAGUGGGAGGAGAAGGAACGAGAUCGGAGGGAAGAGGAGCAGGAGGAGGAACAACACUACGGGCGGCGGGCGGAGGAUUGCGACAAGGGGGAGGACGACCAGCGGGACGUGUUCCAUUCACGAGAGGGAGCCCACCAGAAGGAGAAGGAACGGGAUCAGGGGGAAAAGGAGCACCGCAGAAGGGAAGAGGGACGGGAGAGGGAGGCGACGAGGAGGGGGAAAACAACGGGCGGAAGGAGGGACGGGAGGAGAAGGAGGGAGAGUAAAACGUGUAGGGGGAGGAACGGGAGGAGGAGGGAUGGAAGGCUGCAAAGGGAGAGCAAAACAUGUAGAAGGAGGAACAGGAGGAGGAGGGGCGGAAGGAGAAGGGAAAAGAGGAAGAGGAGGAACGGGAGGGGAAGGAGUGGGUCGGGCGUUUUUUUUCCCUUUUUCCCCGAGAGCAGGCGGUAAGAGGUGUGCCACGGGUGUAGCCGCAGUGGGCAAACAUUUGUUCUUUUUAAAGGCUAAUUCUUCUAAGCCCAACAAAUUCAAUUACCUGUA